AUGAGCGUGCUGCUUCCCAACAUGGCCGACUUCGAUACCAUCUACGAGCUGGAUGAGGAAGAGGAGGAUGAAGGCGAAGAGCGUGAAACGGGACACGGCCGGGUGGUGGACGAGGAGUACGUACUGAGAUACGCUCCGGAUCCGGUGGCUGUACGGGGAGCCGGGCAUAUUACCGUAUUUGGCUUGAGCAACAAGUUUGAUGCAGAAUUCCCUACGGUGUUAACAGGAAAGGUUGCACCCGAAGAGUUUAAGAUCAGCAUUGGACGUGUCAAUGCCUGUUUGAGGAAGAAUCUCCCGUUAAAUGUGAAAUGGCUGCUGUGUGGCUGUAUCUGCUGCUGUUGUACUCUGGGCUGCAGUUUGUGGCCUGUGAUAUGCCUAAACAAAAGGACAAGAAGAUCUAUUCAUAAAUUGUUGGAAUGGGAAAAUAACAGAUUGUAUUAUAAGCUUGGCUUACACUGGAAGCUGAGUAGAAGGAAAUGUGAAUCUAACAAUAUGAUGGAAUACGUAAGUAUUUUGGGCAAAUUUGCACAUUUAGUUCUAUUGACACUGGUAGGGGCACUUUUCCCCUUAGGAGGCCAAGCUGUUAUUUUUUAGUUUUUACUCGAUUUGUAUUUGGGUGAUACUCCUAUACAUAGCUGGCUCUUUGUCGAGGGAAAUAUCCAUUUGUUUUUUUGCCCAGCUUUUUAUAGAUGCCUAGGCUUAUCAAAGCCACACAAAAACAUGCAAACCGAUUACUUUCAUAAAGUGAAACUUCUGUAGAGGAAGGGUCCUGAAAGUGUCCUCGCAUGUGGGAUAGUUGGCUCCUGGGUUCAUUAUGCCACCA